UCCAUCCAUGUACGACUACGAUGAAGAUCGUUGAAUAUUGGAUGAGAAAAUUGUUAUCAGUUCAUGCUUUGAGAUAUUUGAAAUUUUGAAUUUUUUUGAGAAAAUUGAAUUGAAUAUCGGUUUAUUUAGCUUCGAGGAGCGUUUCAAUAUUUUACUAAUUAACUCUUGACAGAUGCACGCAUCUAUAAGUAAUACUUUCACAGAUCGUUGCGUAAAAAAGCGAAGAUGAAGAAAACAGAAUUCAAGACAAUAUUUGUGAAAUUUGACGAAAAACGUGGCGUAUCUCAUCAGCUAUUCAUAAAGCAGCACAAAGUAAGGGACAAAAUCAACGAAAGACCAUCCGAUUUGACAUUAUUCGUUUGCAAUGUUCCCCCAUAUUGUACCGAGGAAUCCUUCAAGUGCUUAUUUAGUAAGUUUGGAUCCAUCCAGUCGGUUAGUUUUGCAAACACAGACGCAGCACAAAACAAAGUGAUUCAAGACGACGGCCAGGUUUCCGUUCCAAAAACAGUAACAGGAUAUAAAAUCGGUUACGUUGUUUUCAACUCGGCUGCAAGUUUGCAGAAUGUCUUGGCUUUGGAAGAAGGAACAACUUUAUCUGAUGCGUGCAGUCAGAAGACGUUGACUACUGGUCUAAAAAAAUGGUGUGCGGCGUACAAUGCCAGCUUUCCCGAUCCUGUUGAAAUGCAAAAAGAAAUCGAUUCUUAUAUGGCGCAACAGGAUACAAACGAAGCGCAGAAAAGAUCUUUGGCAAAAAGCGUGGCCGAAUCUGACCAAGAUGGUUGGAUACCAGUGUCUAAAAGAAGUCGAAAUCCUGGUUUUGCUCGCAAACAAAGCGUAAAAGACAACGUUGCAAGAAAAAUGUUGAGGAAGAAAAAGAAAAAAGCGUUGAUGAAUUUUUACAGCUUUCAAAUCAAAGAAUCGAAGAUGAACCAUUUAAUAACAUUGAGAAAAAAGUUUGAAGACGAUAAGAAAAAAGUGGAAACGCUAAAAGUCCAACGCAAGUUCAAACCAUUUUGAUCCAAUCAUGGUAACGCGUAUAUGCGACUGCGAGUGAAUAAGAAUACUAGUCACGGUUUGUUCGAGUGUAUAAUUAUGUUUGAAAUGGUUGAAACAGCUCAUUCGAAUUGUUAUUAUAUACGCGUGAACUUUAUGGUGUCAGUGUAACACUGUUGUUAUAUGCCUGUGGCGUCCAGAGUGUAAUGGCGUUGAUCAAGUUGCAUGUUCUAUGAUAUCUCCGUUGAUGAUUAAAGAAUAAAUUAUACCUUCCUUCUUCGUGUAA